UAGGCGGAGGCUUUUCCUUUCCUGGCUGAACUUGGCUAAAGUGUCACCAGGACGACACAGACAGACUUUACUAAAGUUUCUGCCCUGGUGGUCUCCCGUUAUAGACAUGGCCCCCAGCACGCAACUGAAGGAGGCGAUAGCCGAUGUGCAAGAGGGGAUUCGUGCCAUCCUGCUCGGACCACCCGGAGCCGGGAAGGGGACCCAGGCCCCUCGGUUAGCAGAGCAUUACUGUGUUUGCCACCUGGCCACCGGAGACAUGUUGAGGGCCAUGGUGGCUUCAGGCUCCGAGCUCGGCCAGAGGCUCAAGAAGACCAUGGAUGCUGGCAAACUGGUCAGUGAUGACAUGGUCGUGGAGCUCAUAGAGAAGAACCUGGACACAGCGCCCUGCAGGAACGGCUUCCUGUUGGACGGAUUCCCUCGCACAGUCAAACAAGCACAGAUGCUGGACGACUUGUUGGACAAGAGACGCGAGAAGCUGGACUCUGUGAUCGAGUUUGCUGUUGAUGACUCUCUGUUGGUCCGCAGGAUCUGUGGCAGACUAAUUCAUCAGCCAAGUGGCCGCUCCUACCACGAGGAGUUCAACCCUCCCAAAGAGCCCAUGAAGGAUGAUCUGACUGGCGAGCCUCUCAUCCGCCGCAGCGACGACAACGAGACGACGCUGCACUCCCGUCUGGACGCCUACCACCGGCAGACCGUCCCUCUGGUGCAGUACUACAGCGCCAGGGGCCUGCACACGGCCGUCAACGCUUCCCUGAGUCCAGAUGUUGUCUUCGCCUCCAUCGUAGCUGCCUUCUCCGCUGCCACGGAAGAACCCGCCCGUGCCGUCGCCUCUGGUUGAAUGCUGGGCUGCUACAUUCCCACCAAGGCGAAGGAUUGGAUUUUGGCAAAAGAUCUCGGGUGGGUGGACAGACGAAGGGGGGCGGGGGCCGGGGGGGUCAGGGUCAGGAAAUGAAAGGAAUCCUUAUACUUUAUAUAAGUAAUCAUGUUGCGGUGCUAUGGGGCUUGUAGUUGUCAUAUUCCUAAGGUUUCCCUUUUUAAUAAAUGUCAUGCUUUCCCUGAAAUCUUCAAAUUCUGUGAACCUUUUUUUUUUCUUCACCUGACCCCUCACGUUUGUAUCUACAACUGCCAUUUUGAAUUGGCAAUUGUAGAGGCAUAUUAGACUUGUUAACUAAUUAAAUGACCUAGGCCUCUUGCUGUAAAAUAAAUGAGACAAAUGCAGAGAUUGUUUGAUGUUUGCUUUUGUUUUAAUCCUCAAAUGACACAGUGAUGGCUAAUCUUGGCCUGGAAGAGAGAGACAAGUUUGUUUGUAUAACAGCUUUCAUCAACAAGACAAUGCAAUCUUCUUUACAUAGGCAAGGCUAGAUUACCAACUGCAAAAAAACAACCUGUUUCAGAGCAUUGUGGCUUUUUGGUAAUUCAUUACAUGCAAAUUUGUAUGUGGUGCAUUUUCCUAAAACAACAGUUGUUUCAUCAAAUUAUCCCAAACAAACUGACGUACAGAAAAGGUUUAUUACAUUGUUAGGAAGUAUUGGUUGGUUUCUGAGUCUUUGUGCAAAAUAUACUGAAGCUGCCAUCUACAGUGUGUGUAUAUAUACAGGUGUGUAUAAGAAACUCAAGGCAAUAUGAAAAUACAUAAAUAGAAUUUAAAACCAUUUAAAGAAGUUGUUAAAUAAAAAGCUAAAAUGGAAUACCUAUUAAAUAGAAAAAGAAGUGUCAUUACCUGUUUAAGUAGGUUUCAUUGUUUU